AUGUACAUGCGGCGCAGGAGCAGCGGCAGCAGCAGCAGCGGCAGCGGUGAAGCCGCUGCAUUUGCUUUGCCUUUGCAGCUUCAUGUUAGCUUCUUCUGCGGCUCCUCAACAUGUACAUGCGGCGCCGGAGCAGCGGCAGCAGCAGCAGCGGCAGCGGUGAAGCCGCUGCAGCAGCAGCAGCAGCAGCAGCAGCAACAACAACAGCAACAGCAACGCAGUUUGCAUGAAGUCAUUCCUCUUGCAAUGUCAAGGUGUUCUUCUGACAGCAACUCAUCGGCUCCUCCUCACGAGCAGCAACAGCAUCAGCUGCUGCUGGCUGCUGAUGGUGUCUUGACUCUUGCUGCUGCUGCUGCUGCAGCAGGCGUUACAGAGCGGUUGCUGCUGCUCGAUGCUGCGCUUCUAAGGAAAGAAUACACUCAGGUGUAUGCACAGCUGCAGCGGCUAGAGCCUCUCUACCUGCUGCCGGCAGCAGCAGACCCAGCAGCAGCAAAUGCUGCAACUGCAGCAACAGCAAACGCUCCAGCUGCAGCAGCAGCAGCAGCUGCAGCAACUGCAGCGAUUGCUGCGACUGCAGCAGCAAACGCAGCAGCAGCACCAGCAGGGUACGAGGCAGAAGCAGCAGACGUAUCAGCAUCAGCGGGAGCAGCGGGGAGAGCCGCAGAUGCCGCAGCAGCAUCAGCAGCAGCAGCAGCAGCAGCAGCACAGCGGGAGCAGCGGGGAGAGCCGCAGAUGCCGCAGCAGCAUCAGCAGCAGCAGCAGCAGCAGCAGCAGCGAGCAGCAACGAUGAAGCAGCAGCAGCAGAUCUUUCCUUUGCUUUUCUUUCUGUCUCUUCUCUCCUCUAUGCAGCAACCAGCAGCAGCAGCAGCAGCAGCAGCAGGAACGACAGGUGCAGCAGCAGGAACAGCAGGAUGUAUGUUACUUGUCGCGCCAGAAGGACCAGUUUGCUUCGGCCUGAAGCAGCAGCAGCUGCAGCAACUGCAGCAGCAGCUGCUGUUGCUGCUGCAGCACAAACGGUCAGCUCGCCGCUUAGCUCUAUACCUCGAAGGUCUUGCUGCUGCUGCGCUGCUGCUGCAGCUGUGCGGCUUCAGACAAGCAGCAGGAAUGCUGCUGCUGCAGGCCCGCGACCUGCUGACGCUGCCCCUUCACAGCAGCAGCAGCAGCAGCAGCAGCAGCAGCAACAUCCUGAGGGAAGCUGCGGAGGCUGCGUGGGGCUUAGGGGUCCCCUGCAGCAGCAAAGGAGCGCUUGCGCUGCAGCUGCUGCAGUGCUUGCUGCAGCAGGAAGCACGAGCAGCAGCAGCAACAACAACCAGAGCAGCAGCAGCAGCAGCAGCACCGAAGGCAGGAGAGCCAACCACCGCCACUCCAGCAGCAGGAGCAGCAGCAGCAGCAGCAGCAACAGCAGCAGCAGCAAGGAGCUGCUACUCUUGUCUUCUGUAUAUUGAUAUAGAAGCGGCUCUGUUAGAUAGCCGCAGCAUCCCUACACUUGCUGGGCCUAUUCCGUUGCUGCUGCAGGAGAAAGAGGGAGCAGCAGCAGCAGCAGCAGUGGGUUCUGCUGCUGCUGCUGCUGCUGCGCUGCAGACACCGCAAGCUGCUGGGGCCCUCCUAUCGCGGCUGCUGCUGCAGCCGCUGCUGCCUCAUGAAGAGGGUGGGGGGCCCCCCUGGGUGCUGCUGCAGCGUUUGCUGCUGCUGUCUCGCGAGUUGCUGCUGCGGCAGCAGCAGACACAAGUUGCCUUGGGGGAGGGGCUGCUGGGGAGCGGCUGCGUUGCUGCUGCUGCUGCUGCUCCUCUCGCCGCGCUGCAGCAGCAGCAACAGCAACAGCAGCAGCAGCAGCAGCAGCAGCAGCUGGGCCCCUCCUGGCGGCUGCGUACUCUCAGCCGUGCCUUCACCAAAAGCUUGGGGCGAGGAGCUGCGCGUGAAGACUACAGACGCAGCAGCAGCACAGCAGCAGCAGCAGCAGCAGCAGCAGCAGCAGCAGCACACCCGCGGCACCAGCAUCAUCAUCAUCAUCAUCAUCAGCAGCAGCAGCAGCAGCAGUUGCUGCUGCAGCACAAGUCGCUGCGGUUCAUAUGGAACAGCAGCGAAGUUGUUUUCUAUCUGCUGCAGGCUGCUUCUUGGUGCCUGCUGGAUGAUCGUUGCAUCAGCCUUUGCUGCAGCGGGGGGGUGCAGCAGCUGCUGCUGCUGCAGCAGCAGCAGCAGCAGCAACGCAAGCCAAGAGGCCUGCUGCUUGCUUCCCCUCUAGCUGCGCUGCUGCAGCGAAGAGAUCCACAUGAAGAGCUAUCACGCCUCGCGGACUUUGUUGCUGCUGCUGUCUCCAGCAGCAGCAGCAACAGCAGCAGCAGCAGCAGCAGCACAACAGCAGCAGCAGCAGCAGGCCCAAAGGGCAGCUGCUGCAAGAACUCACUUGCUGCAGACGCUCGCACCGCUGCUGCUGGUGCUGCGGGAGAGCUGCCGGUCGAGCUGCACCAAUGUUUGCUGCUCAGCAGCAGCAGCAGCAGCAGCA